UUAACGUCUUUAAGAGGAGAGAACUUUAUGUCAUAAAUACAAACAAAAAUAAUUUUGUGAGACAAUAUUUACGUUGUUUUAGUACCAUUUAGCACAAUAACAAUGAAUUAUUCAAGUGUUUCUGGUGUAUUUUGCAUUAUAAUCAUACAUUACAUAUGUGCUACCUUGUGCUCGCUGUCAAACAAUCUUAAAUAUUAUGAAACCCUUCAUUCAUCAAGUUUUAAUCACCAUAUAGUGAAAAGAGGUGCAAAACAAUCCAAUCAUCCAUUCAAUACAAUCAAGGAAUUACACUUUAGAACUCUCGGCAAAGACUUCAGACUAAUCUUACAUCCUCACAGUACUGUAUUACAUUCAAAUUUCAAAGCUUAUGCAGUUGAUGGUGAAGGAAAGAAAACUGUUGUCCAUGUUGAUCGAGACAACUUUUACACUGGCAGGGUUUUUGGUGAAAAGUUAUCAGAUGUAAAGUUACAUAUAGACAAUGGUGUUGUUACGGGCAUCAUUCAUACACCAGAUGAGACUUAUCAUAUUGAGCCGUCAUGGCGGCAUUUACCAGACCAGGAAGAUGGGACGAUGAUCACAUAUCGUUCAUCAGACAUACACUUCAGUUGGAUGCACAACAACGGCAGCAGACCUCGUGUUUGUGGUUAUGUGAAAGAAGGACAAGAACUUGAAGAAGAUGAUGAAGACUACAAUCAUGAUGUUGAAAGUAAACACGAACAAUUGGAAAAGAAUAAAUAUUUAAAGAAAUCACAACAAACCGAUCACCAUAACAAUGUACCUUAUGAAGAUGGAACCGAUAAUAAGCGAGUGAAACGACAAAGUGAUUAUGAAUAUACACCGACUAAAACAAGAUGUCCUCUACUACUUGUGGCUGAUUAUAGAUUCUUUCAAGAAAUGGGAGCAAGUAAUACCAAAACUACAAUUAGUUAUUUGAUAAGUCUAAUAGAUCGUGUUCAUAAAAUAUAUAAUGAUACAGUGUGGCAAGAUAGACAGGAUUUGGAUGGAUUUAAAGGCAUGGGUUUUGUGAUAAAGAAGAUAUUGGUACAUUCAGAGCCGACACGAGUGCGAGGAGGUGAGGCUCAUUACAACAUGGUGCGUGAGAAGUGGGACGUCAGGAAUUUACUUGAGGUUUUCAGCCGGGAGUAUUCUCACAAGGACUUCUGUUUGGCGCAUUUAUUCACAGACUUGAAGUUUGAAGGAGGUAUCCUAGGUCUAGCUUACGUUGGCUCUCCGCGGAGGAACUCCGUCGGUGGAAUAUGUACUCCCGAAUACUUCAAGAACGGGUACACAUUAUACCUGAACUCUGGUUUGAGUUCAUCUCGGAACCAUUACGGUCAGCGUGUUAUAACUCGUGAGGCUGACCUCGUGACCGCGCACGAGUUCGGUCACAAUUGGGGAUCAGAACAUGACCCUGAUGUGGUGGAAUGUUCCCCCACAGCCAGCCAGGGCGGCUCCUACCUCAUGUAUACCUACAGUGUCAGCGGAUAUGAUGUUAAUAACAAGAGAUUCUCGCCAUGCAGCCUUCGGUCUAUCAGGAAGGUGUUGCAAGCCAAAUCUGGUCGCUGCUUCUCCGAGCCCGAGGAGAGCUUCUGCGGCAACCUGAGAGUUGAGGGGGGUGAAGAAUGUGAUGCAGGACUUCUUGGUACAGAGGAUAACGAUAUGUGCUGCGAUAAGAAUUGUAAACUACGAAAGAAUCAAGGAGCUGUUUGCAGUGACAAGAACUCGCCGUGCUGCGCGGGCUGUGUGUUCGCGGCGGCGGGUGCUGUAUGUCGCGAGCCCGCGCACGCCGCAUGCGAGGGCGAAGCCACUUGCACCGGCGCCUCCGCCGACUGUCCCAAGGCGCCGGCUAUAGCUGACGAGCACGAGUGUGCUGAGCGCGGCCGCUGUCGCAAUGGCUCGUGUGUGCCAUACUGCGAGACACAGGGCAUGCACAGCUGCAUGUGUGACAUUGUUGCGGACGCGUGCAAACGUUGCUGUCGCAAGAGUUUGAACAAAACUUGCUUCCCCGUCGCCCACAAUGACAUCUUGCCCGACGGUACACCUUGCAUACAGGGCUUCUGCAACAAGGGUGUGUGCGAGAAGACUAUCCAGGACGUGGUGGAGCGCAUCUGGAAUAUAAUUGAAGAUAUCAACAUCAACAAUGUGCUGGGCUUCUUGAGAGAUAACAUAGUGGGCGUGGCCGCGCUCGCCACCGCGCUGCUCUGGAUACCUGCCAGCUGUCUGAUAAGUUAUGUGGACCGUCGCCGUCAGCGUCAGUAUCAGAAGUACGCGGAGUGGGAGCGCCGCCGCGAUCUCCUGCAUCCCUCAUCUCCGCGCAAACUCAUACACGUCAGAUUACCGAAACAGAAGCCGACAGGUUUGAAAAGUGUAAUCCAAGGCACAAGUCAACUUUGAGCACACAUGUACGUAGUAUUAAUUGUACUUAAGUCCAAUUAAGUCCUGAAUGAGAUAUUUGGAACUUAUUUAUCAAAUAAAGUCAUUAUUGUCGUUUCAUCUUUAAAUCGAUGGUUCCUUCGAAUAAAGGUCAAUGUGCAAAUUGAAAACUUUACAGGAAAGACUUUAAAAGUUUCAACCAUAUAUGAAAAUAGGUCGCAUAAGCUUACUUUAGC